AUGACUUCGUGGAUCUAUACUGAGGAUGACUCUGGGUUUUCUCUAGACGUCUUGCCGUAUGGCAUCUUCAGUACCGAGAACCUCGAUGCUCGAAUUGGGGUAGCGAUAGGACGUUACAUACUUGAUCUGAAGGCGCUGGCUCAGGAUGGAUUAUUUACAACAAUUAACUUUGACUCCUCGGCCCUGAUGGGAAGUACAUUGAAUAUCUACGCGGCUCUGAGAAAGCAGGUCCACAAGCAAGUCAGGGGCGUCCUUCAGGAGCUGUUGGCCCAUGACACCAGCCGUGGCACUGAGUUGCGUGACAAUCGAAGUAGGCGAGAUAGAGUCCUUGUCAAAAUGUCUGACGCGAGGCUCCAUCUGCCCAUGAGAAUUGGGGAUUAUACGGACUUCUUCGUUGGACCAUACCAUGCACAAAACUGCUACGAUAUUCUUCAGCCGGGGUCAACCCUCCACCAAAACUAUAUGAACCAGCCAAUUGGUUAUCACGGCCGCGCGUCCUCAAUUGUCAUUUCUGGAACUGAAGUCCGACGCCCUAAGGGACAGUUUCUGCUCGAUAAUAGCCCAACCUUUGGCACUUGUCGGAAACUCGAUUUCGAGGUGGAAUUUGCGGCUUUGGUAGGCCAAGGAUCCGAACAUGGCUCCUCAAUAUCUGUUGAGGAGGCUGAAGAUCACAUAUUCGGAUUUGUCCUUAUGAAUGACUGGUCAGCAAGGGAUAUACAAAAUUGGGAAUCAUCUCCGUUGGGGCCAUUUAACGGCAAAAAUUUCGCGACUACUAUAUCUCCUUGGGUUGUCCCGCUGGAGGCCCUUGAGCCCUUUCGAGAGCCUCCUGUCCCAUCAAUACCGCUGCUCCCAUACCUUCAUCAGGAAAGGGAAGAUUCAGUCUACAGCAUCCCAAUCACCGUCUCACUCAACGGCAAGACGCUCUACAGUACCAUGCUAGCCCACCAUACCGCUGGCGGAUGUUCUUUGCGCACAGGGGAUCUGAUCGCCACCGGUACACUUAGUGGACCGUCUCGCAAGGAGCUCGGAUGCCUCCUCGAAGUCACAAAGAAUGGCUCCGAGCCCUACGAGUUGCUCACGUCAGGACCAGAAGCAGCAAAAAUCGUUCGAAGAUACUUGGAAGAUGGCGAUAUUAUCGAACUCAAAGCAUCUGGUUUCGGGAUUUGCUCCGGGCGUGUUGUAUCAGCCGAGUAA